AUGUCGAAGAAAAGCGAGUCCAACAACCCACUGACAACAAAAUUUACAACCGUCGAUAGCAAAAUCCUACAAUCAUCAACUGCAAAACAAAAGUACGGCAACUCGCCGGAAACGAAAUCUGACAACCGUCGGCAGCAACAGUUCGGCAACCCGCCAAAAACGAAAUCUGACAACUGUCAGCAGCAACAGUCUGGCAACCCGCCGGUAACGAAAUUUGUGCCAACAACCAUUGGCAGCAAAAGUCCGCAACCCGUUGACAACAGCAUUCGACAACCAGCGACAGCAAAAGUCUGGCAACCAGCUAGUAACAAAAUCCGACAACCCGUUGACAACAAAGUUCGAAAAUCGUUGGCAGUAAAUGUCCGGCAACCCGCCGGUGACGAAAUCUAUGCCAACAACCAUCAGCAGCAAAAAUCCGGCAACCCGCCGGUAACAAAACCUAUGCCAUCAACCGUCGGCAGCAAAAAUCCG